AUGCCUUUCACAUUCGAGACUCCCGCUGCUCCUCCUGGUGCCUUCCCAGCAGAUGUCCAUGUAGAGGAUCCCUUAACUGGGGUCGCAUACUCCCACAUUGAGUAUGCCGUCAUGGAAGCAGCGCCUGCUCGAUUGAAAGAACUUUCCAAAACUGAGGCCAUUAAGGAUUCUUCCGAGCCACCGCCGAGCCACUGUUCUGGUGGUCAACAUCAUCAGCAAGUCUAUCCUCACGGGCAGGUUGGCGGUUGUGCUCCCUCAAUCACCGUUUCGCCCGUUGACAGUGGUAGGGCCCCACGCCGGCCUUUACGCUGUGCACAGCCACUGUUAGAUGACAACUUGUUGUCCUCACCGGAGCCUUUGCCGCAAUACACGCCAUCGAGCCUAUCUCCGGUGACAUCCCCAUCUUCUUCCCGGGAAUGUGCUUUGGCUCCUGACGCACCGCCUCCAGAUUACUUCAACGCAAAGUCUCAAUUUCAGAGACCUACCCGUGUUCUGCGCACCCCUGAGAAAUCGGUCUUGGUCAACUCAGAUGGAGCGCCCAAAGUAGCCGGAACAGAUGAUGUGCACGCGAGGAAAGGCAAAAGCCGGCCCGCCGAACCCGCUCAACGGAUUUGGCCAGGAGUAUGGCCAGCUCCCAAGUCUGUCAAUCCGUGUCUACAUCCAUAUGCGAGAACAGCAGAUGACUUUGCAAGGGAGAUAAUGACUGAUUUUCUUGCCCGUUAUCGGAAUUGGAAUUUGCCCAAAUCUCGUGCAGCGCUGGAGGGACUCUAUACGAUUGUUCGUGAGCAAGAGCAGCGAAGACUCGACUAUGAACGGCAAAGACACGAAUACGAACGUACGCAGGCCACGCUACAACUGCAAGAAGAGGCCAUUGUUGCAGCCCAUACCACGGAAACUGUGCCCAAACGUUGGGGGCCAGCAUUUCCAUAUUACAAUAAUAUAUCUUGCCGGAGCCCCCUCAGUAGAGUCUCUUCGGAUUCAUCGCUCGCAUAUGAUUUCGAAGAACGGUGCGGCCUAAUGUCAACAUCGAGGCGUGAGCCGGUAGCUGGUCCUAGAGCCAAACGUGGACUUGGACCGGUGUCUGAGUCUAACGCUGAAUCUGAACCCACUGCAAUAGAAAGACUGUCUGCUCGAGAUCUGGACGUAAUGACCUCCGGCACUUAUUUUACUGGUCCUCGUCCGUAUUUUAGCGCCAAUUCUAAUAACGAGCGGACUGAGAAUAGUCCUUGCCUGUCUCGUCAUUCUUCUUCGUCCAGUCGUAGUGUUCGAUCCGAUGAGACAGUUCGAUCUCUCUUUGGGCCCUUCUCAGGGAAGAUUGUAUCGUCACUUAGUAAGAAGCAAGGUGAAAAUAUUACUGAGACUGAGGAAAAAGUGAAGGGCAAGAGCAAGGCAGACAUGCAUGCCAAUACGCCUUUUCAGAUUCAUGAAGAGGAGCUCGUAGAUGAAAGCUGCUUUGAGAUUAUUGACCACCUCAGUGAUAUGGAGGAACAAGAAGCCGAGGAGUAUUUGAAAAAGAUAAGAUCAGGAUCCAAGCACGGUGAUACCCUUUCCACGACGUUGCAGAGUGAGAGACGGCCGGCUUGA